CUAAUAUAUCUGCAAAUUUUCCAGCAGACAAUUCAUGUCACCCAAUUUAUCAUCAGUUUUAAUAUCUGCAAAUUUCAUACUUGGGUGUUGUUAAAUUCAUUGACCGACAGAUUUCUCACAUUCAAUCACCCUCAAGAAUUUGAUCAGUUUCAAGGCCUUCAUCAUUUUUAGGAUAGUCAUUAAGCCCAGGUAACAUGUACAUUUUACAUUCAGGUGAUAUCUGAGGCCAAAUAUACCCACCACUCCAUGCAGAAAAGAUGGUAGAUGUGGAUGGUAUCCUGAUAAAGCAGGCAUUAGGUUUGAAGAGAGUUGAUGGGACUCUCCUCAAGAAAACGACCAAUUGUGGAUUUUGGUAACAGCUGCAAAAAGCCUCCUUUCCAGGGCUUAAUCAUUUUAUACCAAGCAACAUAACAUCUACAGAAUCUAAUCCUCAAAACUUGUCAAAGAUCCUUAACGAUGCUGAGUAAUCUUGAGGGAGCUGGAUUACCUAACAUUCCAAGGCCACCACCAUCAAAGGAGAAACAAAAAGAGAAUCAAGGGACAACAGAUAAUGCUGCACAAUGCUCAGUCACCUCCAUCUACCAUGCCCAUAUUGCAGACUCAAGCCGCAAAGUAACAGCCACAUGGUGCAAAAGCCUCGUUAACCAUUCCUUUACUAUCAAUGUGGAAAAUCCUUCCGAUGAUCAAUGUCCUUGCACCUGCAAGAUUGAUUUAAAAGCAUGGCAGUUUUGGGGCAGAAAAGGUCUCAAAAGCUUGGAAGUACAUGGCCAGCGGGUAGAUGUUUACUGGGAUUUUCGACAGGCAAAGUUCUCGGGUAGCCCUGAGCCUUGCUCAGACUAUUAUGUGGCAAUUGUGUCUGAGGAAGAGGUGGCAUUAGUAGUAGGAGAUAUGAAGACAGAUGCUUUUAAGAGAACCAAGAAAAGACCGUCCUUGGUAGAUGCUAUCUUGCUGUGCAAGAAAGAGCAUAUCUGUGGGAAGAAAUUAUUUUGUUCCAAAGCCAAACUAAAUGAGGGGAAACACGAGAAUGACAUUAUGAUUGAGAACUCUCUAUCUGGUCCUGAUGAUCCAGAAAUGUGGGUUAGCAUAGAUGGCACUGCUGUGAUUCGGAUCAUGAACCUGCAUUGGCGGUUUAGGGGAAAUGAAAUCGUCACAGUGAACAAUACACCAGUACAAAUCUUCUGGGAUGUGCAUGAUUGGUUGUACAAUACCUCUGGUUCAAGCCAUGGUUUGUUCAUCUUCACGCCAGGCGUGCCAGAUUCUGCAGCUAAUUGUGAUUCUGAUGGUUGCAACACAUAUGACUCACCAAGGGACAGCCAGUCAGUUCCAAGAUUUUGCUAUGUUCUUUAUGCUUGGAAAACUGAGUAGGAUCUAAUUUAACAAAGUCAUUUGUCACGGGUCGUCUACCCUUUUUUCAAAAAAUUAACUUGAUAGGUAUGUAACGUUCAAAUUUAUAAAUUUUCGUAAUUCUUUUAUCUGUUCGAUACAAAAUUAAAGCACGUUACAUAAUUCCUUUCAAGCAUUCAAUACCACACAUUACCUGUUGGAAAAUGCUGCAAACAUUUGUACUAGUUUGGUGGGUUCUGUGGGUAGUUUGAUCAUUGUACAUACCAUGGUUAGAUGCUUCUCUAGUCUCUUGCCAUGCUAACUAUAU